CGGCUUCAGCCAAUCAGAGAGCAGUGAUUGAUUGCUCAGCUGUCAAGCGUCCUUCAGUGCGGCGCUGUUGAACUUCGCUGACCGCAAAACAAGCGAGAAAAACUCCCUCACCGCGACGAGCCCCACCGCGCGUGGAUUUUACAAGAGCGGGAGACUGUACGAUCCUUGGCAGUGUUCUGAGACUGUACAGUCACUUUCGCCCUGCUAGUGGACUCUGCUGCAUUUUUCACGACCAGUUUUGCCUCCUUUUCUGUGAUUUAAAGCGAGCGUCUGCGGGGGUCUGGAGCGCGUCCCGUCUGCGCAGAGAUCGCACUGCUGUUGACCUGCGGGAAUAACGAGGGGACAGAGAGAUGACAGCGGAGAAAGAGAAGAAGAGGUGCACCUCAGAGAGGCGUAAGGAGAAAUCUCGAGACGCGGCGCGCUGCAGGCGCAGUAAGGAGACGGAGGUGUUUUAUGAGCUGGCCCGCCAGCUGCCUCUCCCACACAGCGUCAGCUCACAUCUGGAUAAAGCCUCCAUCAUGAGACUGGCCAUCAGCUACCUGCGGACACGCAAACUCCUCACCUCAGCUUGUGCUACUGCCACAGAGACGACAGACGGAGACAGACUGAUGGACAGUUGGUAUCUGAAAUCACUGGGUGGCUUCAUUAGCGUGGUAACAUCAGACGGAGACAUGGUCUUCUUGUCAGAGAACAUCAACAAAUUCAUUGGUCUCACACAGGUGGAACUCACAGGGCACAGCAUCUUUGAUUUCACUCACCCCUGCGACCACGAGGAGAUCCGCGAGAACCUCAGCCUCAAAGCCGGCAUGGGAAAGAAGGGCAAGGAGCUGAGCACAGAGAGGGAUUUCUUCAUGAGAAUGAAAUGCACAGUCACAAAUCGCGGGCGCACAGUCAACCUCAAGUCAGCCAACUGGAAGGUGCUGCACUGCACAGGGCACCUGAAGGUGUGUAACGGCUGUCCCGCACGAGUGCUGUGUGGAUUCAAAGAGCCUCCGCUCGCCUGUGUGGUCAUGAUGUGUGAGCCCAUCGCCCAUCCAUCAAACAUCGACACACCCCUCGACAGCAAGACCUUCCUGAGUCGCCACAGCAUGGACAUGAAGUUUACUUACUGUGAUGACAGAGUCACUGAGUUGAUGGGUUACAGUCCUGAAGAUCUUCUGGGCCGAUCGGCGUAUGAGUUCUAUCAUGCUCUGGACUCCGACAGCGUCACCAAAAGCCACCAGAACCUGUGCACUAAGGGCCAGGCAGUGAGCGGUCAGUACAGGAUGUUGGCUAAGAAUGGAGGCUAUGUGUGGGUGGAGACCCAGGGUACCGUCAUCUACAACAGUCGCAACUCUCAGCCCCAGUGCAUUGUGUGCGUGAACUACGUGCUGAGUGAUGUUGAGGAGAAGUCUAUGAUCUUCUCUGUGGACCAGACCGAGUCUCUGUUCAAGCCUCGGCACUUGAACCGUUUCUUCAGUCCAUGCAAAGGAGGCCUGGGCAGUGAGCCAGGAGAAGUGCUCUUCACCAAACUCAAAGAGGAGCCUGAGGAUCUCACCCAGCUGGCACCUACACCUGGUGACACCAUCAUCUCUCUUGACUUUGGUAACCCCCAGUAUGAGGAGCACCCGAUGUACAGCAAAGUGUCUGCUGUCUCUCGCUCUGUUCAUGAUGGCCACAAGACGAGCUUCGCUGGAGACAUGGCCAAGAUGAGCAGCACUUUCUCUGUGCCUCAGGCUCCGCCGGUCAGCAGCUCAACUCCCAGCCUCAGCAGCUGCUCUACACCCAGCAGUCCUGGAGAUUACUACACCUCAGUGGACAGUGACCUGAAGGUGGAGCUGACCGAGAAACUGUUUUCCUUGGACACACAAGAGACAAAGACUCCCUGCAACCAAGAGACCGACCUGAGUGAUCUGGACUUGGAGACUCUGGCCCCCUACAUCCCCAUGGAUGGUGAGGACUUCCAGCUCAAUCCCAUCUGCCCGGAGGAGCCGUCAUCUGAGAUCGGGGCCCUGGGAACCAACCCGAAGAGCUUCAGCAACAUCACAAGCCUCUUGCAGCCCUUGAGUUCCCCAUCAGCAGCCCACUUCAAGCCCAACAUGAGUUCAGGAGGAGACAAGCAGAGCAUCAGCGGAGGCUCUGUGGAGUCCUGGCCAUCUGUACCCUACAGCAGGGGUCCCAUGCAGAUGCCUCCCUACCAUGAUCCCGCCAGCACCCCGCUGUCCUCUAUGGGAGGUCGUCAGAAUCUGCAGUGGCCGCCUGACCCUCCAUUACACAGCAAGGCUGGGAUGAUGGAUCCUUUAGCUGCAAAGCGCUCUUGCCAAACUGUGCCAGCAAAUCGAAUGCCGUCUUACAUGCAAAGGCCCAUGGAGAACUUUGUGCAGGACUACAGAGAUAUAAGUCCAGCUCGACUUGCUCUCGCAGAGCGCAGUUUCAAGCGCUCGUUCACACAGAUGACAAUGAACGAGCCGCCUCCCACAAAAUCCCAACACACAGUGUGGAAGAGACCUCAUAACGAGAGCUGUGUCAUGAUGGACAGAAAAUCACUCAGCACCAGCGCUUUGUCAGACAAAGGCAUGACCGCUAAUAGAGGCAUGGACCACGAGCACAGGAAGACCCAGUAUUCAGGGAAUUCAGCCGGACAAGUGACAAAGCGCUUUAGAGAAGAAUGCUGUAACUACAGAGAGUUCAACAUGCAGCCUUCCUCCAAGAUGGAUGGAAUCGCCAGUCGUCUUAUCGGGUCCUCCUUCGGGACCUACUCUCUGCCUGAACUGACGCGUUACGACUGCGAGGUCAACGUCCCGUUGCAAGGAAAUCUUCAUUUGCUGCAGGGUAGUGACCUCCUAAGAGCAUUAGACCAGGCCACUUAGACCGGUUUCUACACAGAAAUGCAGUCCCACUUUCCCCCGACCCUAGCGCUCAUCUCACACUCACCAUCCCGACAAUAAGCAUCCCAGCUUCAGCACAUCCCACAAACACCCUCUCACAGUCCUAUCUACCUGAGCGCAAACAUGACAAAUGUAGCUUUGAUUCUAUUUUUAUUGUCUACAUCUUCAUAAAUUAUACACAUGUACUAUUUUUUGUUUAGUUACAAGAUGGUUUCGGAAUGAAUUCAAGUAUUUUUGGAGGAGUUGAAAUGAUGUUGCGUUGUGUCUCUGCUUGUCAGAUCAUUUCGGCGAAGCUGUUUUCAACAUACUCUCCGCUUUUUUUUUCUCUCUCUCUAUCAAUGUCAGGACAAAAAAAGAAAAAGACAAAAAAAAAAGACUCUACUGUAAGCUACUUGUUUUAAAAUGUUCUCAUUUCUUUCAUUUGUUCUAACUUUCCUACCUCUGACACAUCAUCAAAGACCCCAUGAAAUCAAAAGACUAGUUUUGAGCUCAUUUCUACACUAAUGCAGUGGCUCCCAAAGACGUUUUAUUAAAUAAUUCAAUCAGCAUUAACAAUAGCUGCUCUUCAUACAUGUGCUGCUGUCUUUCCACUCGCACAAACACGUUCGCUCUGCAUGAAGGGUUGCCAGAUUUUAUCAAAAAAAACAAAAAAAACCUGGACUAAUACAGUGACCAAAACAAACCCUUUUAAAAUGAAUAUGAUAUGCAGACAUGGCAAAACAAAUGUGAGAAAAAUCAAUUCAAUUCAAUUCGGUUACACUUUACUGAAAGCCCUUUAUGUAUAAUGCAUUAUAAAAGUAUCUUUAAUGCAUUAAUUAUACCUUGUAAUGCACCUUGUGAAAUCAAAUGAAUAAUUGUAAGCACAGUUAAGACAUUAUAACACUUUCGGUUGUAAUUAUUUUCAACAAGAUGUAAUGUAUUACAAUGCACAUUAACAAUGCAUUAUAAAUUUUAUAACCCUUUGUGAUGCAUUAUGCAUAAAGGCUUUAAGUAACGUGUUACCUUGAAUUCUACUAAAUAAAAAAGCAAUUCAAUUUAUAACGAAUGAAUAAAAUAUUAUUGAAAAAAGCAAUAAAAUGACAUUGCAUUAUUAUAAUUUAACACAUCAAUUAGUUUUGCUUUUAAUUAAAGUUUAAUGAUGUUUUGUUUAACUACACCUGUGCUGGCAACCAAUGUGCUAGUGUACUCCUAAAAGCUAACAAAAUGAAUAUUUGUCUUGUCACACAUACUUUAAAAUGAUAAUGCAUUUAAUGUUUUAAUAUUUGUUCAGUCAAAUUAUGAAAUGAAAAUGUCAUUUUCUCUGCAGUCAUUGUUGUAAAUCAUGAUUAGCCUUUUAAAAAAAUCUAAAAUAAAUAUGUGAAAGGAUAUAAAACAGUGCUCGCGAGCCGUUUCAUGGGGUCUUUAUGCCUUGUCCUCACUGACCACUUUCAGUGUUCAUGUUAUUCAUGUGCCUUUCUUUGUUUGAUUAGUGGCAAUACUGUGUUUCUGUCUCUGAUCUCUGUUUAUUGCCUUUUUGUGGAGACCACUUUAAAAACAUAUAUAUUUUUGUCAAUUUAGCUGUAAGCAUACAUAUUUAAAGGAAGAUGCUCGAAGAUUUCUACUAUAGAUUUCUACUUUGAUGAUAAAGUUAAGCAUUUAUCUGUCCUGGUACUUUGUCUUGUCUACUCAGUAGAUGUGAAUCAGAGUCCUUAUCGAGUCUGCAGUGCUGGUGUCCUGAGCUCUUUCUUGGUGGCAUUUUUUUUUCUUUUCUGGAAAUAUGCACAAAUGCAUAUUACAAUUAUUGGCAGGCCAGUAGAGUUGGUUAAAAAAUUGCAGUUUUUUUUUUUUUUUUUUUUUUU